GCGGAGGCUCCGCCAGGUUCACCGAAGAGGCGCCGGCAGAGGUCGCGGCGAAGGCAGCAUGGAGGCGGGACUUUCCGUGCUGCUGCUGCUGCUGGCCGCGAUGCUGAGCGGUUGCCGCUCUCCGGGGGAAGCCCAGCAGGAUAUCUGCCUGUAGUUUAUCAGUGUUGUUGCUUUCCAUAUCUAGUGUGACAUUUCAAGAUUCUGUUACCAAGUUGAUCUCAUGGAUCAUUGUGAGAACCUUAAUCCAAAUGGCUGAGAUCAGUACACAUUCAAAGUCCAUGCGGUGUGGUAUAGAAAAUGGCCCUUCUGCUGAGUUGGAGAAGUGGCACAACUUUACACCAUCAGAUCUCGAUGAUAUAAGUGCCCAGAUUGUUGAAACAGAUGGAGCAGUUCAAUUAAAUAUUACCUGGACCAUUAGUGCAGACGCUAGCAUUAGAGAUCUGAAUGCCACCAAGCUAUGCAUAUCAACAUAUGGUCACCCAACAUGUAUUAGGUGUGACUAUACAAAACCUUUUGAAAGCCAAACCAGGCACAGGGAUCAAAAAUGGCAGUUCUACUAUGUUGGAUUCCCUGUGGAAGAAAAUACCAAUUACUUCAUUGACGGUUACAACCUACCACCAGCCAACCCGUAUGAGGAUAUUCCAUCAAAAUCAGUAACACUCAAGUCUCCAGACUGCAAAAAUGAUAUGUUGAAGUAUAGCAGAACUUGCAUAGAAAAAGGAAGUCUAUGGGAUCCAAACAUAACUGUAUGUAAAAUGGAUUCAGAAAUAGAAGUGAGUUUUACAACUAGUAACCUGAGUCCCACUUAUGCAGUCCUCAUUUGUCAAUCUGAAAAUGAAUGCAGUGAUAAAACUCUUCAAGAAAUAUCCUAUAUCAAGAAGAAUGAUACUAGAAUUUCUGAAAGAAUACCAGUGAAUAGUCCAAGCAGCAAAAACUAUAUAGAGCUAAUUCCUUAUUUUCCAAGAUGUGAUCCUGAUUGUCCAAGGCACUCCAAGUACCAACUUGAGUGUACUGUAAAGUCUACCACUGGACCCAUCAAGACACUUUCAGUAGAAAUGUAUGUUUGCAUAAUUGCUGCAGUGUUUGUGAAAGUGUGCAUAAUUGCUAUAGCACUAUAUGUCAAGAAGAGGCAUGGUACAGUCCUGAUAUGGCCGUUCCCCCAUCCUUCAGUACAACUAAUUCCUAUUAAGAUCCUUCUAAUAUAUCCCCCUUCUGUCUGCAUUCACCACACGGUCCUUGCUUUUGCAGAGUUUCUACGUGAACGCUGCCAAAGUGAUGUUAUUGUAGAUGUAUGGCAAAAACGGAGAAUUGCUGACAUAGGACCAGUGCAAUGGCUUGCUGUUCAGAAAGAAUUAGCUGAUAAAGUCAUAUUUUUCAGUCCAAGCCGUACAGAGCCUGCGUGUGAUUCAGCUUGUAAAACAUCUACAGAAGGUCAAAAUGAGAACUCUGAGAGUAUGUUCACUCUUGCAUAUAACCUUUUCUGUAGUGACUGGAAAAACCACUCUUCUCUCCAUAAGUACAUGGUAGUUUCUUUCAGUGAUGCACAUUCAAUUAAAUCUCUUCCAAGUGCCUUGACUAUCUGUAGAAAAUAUUUUCUAAUGAAGGAUUUUGACUCCUUUCUUCGAGAGCUUUACCCUUCAGCUGUAGUAAAGGCAGAAAUUCAAAGGACAGCUAUUGUCUAAUAUGAAAAGUAAACUUCACAUAUAGUGCUGCAACAUAGGGAAUAAAACCCAAAAGAAAAAU